GAGCCCUGAGUAUCGCUCAGUUGCUGAAUCACUCCAGAGCCGCGUGUAUAGGUUCUUGAAAGACCAGCAGGGAUCUGUCAGUGCUUUGGUUAACAGAAUGGGAAAGAGAAGGACUUCAGAGGGGCCGAUGGUGCUCCUGUUACCACUCAUCGUUGUAUUAACGGCGAAGCACAGCGACGCUCGGUCUCACUCUCUGAGAUACUUUCGCCUGGGCGUUUCCGAUCCCGGCCAUGGGAUCCCCGAAUUUAUUUCAGUUGGGUACGUGGAUUCUCACCCCAUCACCACAUAUGACAGUGUCUCUCGGCGGAAGGAGCCGCGGGCCCUGUGGGUGGCGGAGAACCUGGCGCCUGAUCACUGGGAGAGGCACACGCAGCUGCUGCGGGGCUGGCAGCAGACAUUCACGGUGGAACUGAAGCAGCUGCGGCAUCACUACAAUCACUCAGGGCUUCACACUUACCAGAGAAUGAUGGGCUGUGAGUUGCUGGAGGAUGGAAGCACCACAGGGUUUCUCCAAUAUGCAUAUGACGGACAGGAUUUCCUCAUCUUCAAUAAAGAUACCCUGUCCUGGAUGGCUAUGGAUAACGUGGCUCACAUCACCAAGCGGGCAUGGGAGGCCAAUCGGCAUGAGUUACAGUAUCAGAAGAACUGGCUGGAAGAAGAAUGUAUUGCCUGCUUAAAGAGAUUCCUGGAGUAUGGGAAAGAUACCCUACAGAGGACAGAGCCCCCGCUGGUCAGAGUAAAUCGCAAAGAAACUUCUCCAGGGAUUACCACUCUUCACUGCAGAGCACAUGGCUUCUACCCCCCAGAAAUUUCUAUGAUCUGGAAGAAAAAUGGGGAAGAAAUCAUCCAAGAAAUGGAUUCUGGAGACAUUCUUCCCAGUGGGGAUGGGACCUAUCAGACAUGGGUGUCAGUUGAGCUGGAGCCUCAGAGCAGCGCCGUUUACACCUGUCACGUGCAGCAUGGUGGUGUCCACACAGUCCACCAGGUUCCCUGGGAAUCGGAAACUAUCCCCCUGGUGAUGAAAGCUGUUGCUGGGUCCAUCGUCCUCGCCAUUGCCCUGGCUGGAGUUGGCAUCCUAGCUUGGAGAAGGCGGCGUCGAGAGCAAAAUGGAGUCCUCUACCUUCCUCCAUCUGAUCACUGAUGGGAGUUAGCUGUUUUCUAGGUGUCUUUCCUUUGGGAACCGUGGUCUCCUCUGUCCCAGGUGGACCCAAGCCCAGCGCUCAGAGCUCUUGACCACGCCCACAACAGACACGGACAUUGCAAGAUCGAGCAUUUAUGGCAGAAAGACAGGAGCCACAAAAUUUUAUCUAUUCUUUGGCUCCAGAAAGGCUGUCAGUUCACAAUCUCUUUGGAUGGACUCCUUUAUCACAUUUCCACUAAAUAUCAUCUGUCUCAUGACACAACAUUUCCUUAUAUCCCAUCUGUCAACAAUGGUUUGCAGGUAAGUUAGAGAAACCUCAGAGCUGGAAGGAACCUUCAAUCUAGGGCCAGAAAUGUCUUCUCCAGUACCUUGGACUUGAACAUCCAGCCUCCACUUGAAUACCACUACCGAAGGGCCCUUCACUACAUCAUAAGAUGGCCUUUCUCUUCUUUCAUGAGUGUUUACUGUGCCAGAGCUUGUGGGUACCAUGACCCUACAGAUGGGUAGGCUGGACACCCUGUGAGGGUAGCAGGCAAGUUUCGAGAAUGACCUGUGAAGGGCCGGAUCAUUUAAUACCUUUCCUAGCCUGAGAGAAAGCAAAAGUGCCAUGUUCUUGUGGCAGCUCUCCCCGGUGGCUUGGAAUCUUGGGGAUACACCUGGUCGGAUCUGUUGAGGUGUCUUCAUUCUUUGUCUUUUGUGGGAAAGUUACAAACAAGAAUUAUCAGACAUACUUCCUUCAGUGGAACUACAGAGACUUGGACCCAGUUCCAAUCUUUUAAUGUAAAAAAUGAUAGUCUGUUUAUGUCUCAGAAGAGGCUUCAGUUCUAACUUCUGUCCUUCUUCCAUAGACCGGUUGUAGAUGGGCCCGACUCACCUUUAUCCAUAUCCACUGUGAGAAUUGGCAUCCCCUUCAUCCUCCUUAAUCUUCCCGACCCUCUAAAAUCCUCACCACCGUUUACCUCUUGUCCUGCCGUGUGUAGCUGCUGGCCCAGGGUUGACCAUCAGUUACACAUUCAUCCGUCUCAUGUCACUGACCCUGUCUCACCACAUACCUCAGCUCUGACACUUAGUUCAGUGGCCCCAACUUUGACAACUUACUUUAAACACAUACCUCAGGCUUGACCCUGCUCUCCCGUGACCAUGACAUUUGCCCUCCAGCUUUGGUCAUCACAGCCACAGGUACAGACACUCCCAGUGUGUCGGGGCUGCUCCUUGCUCCACUGUCCCACCUCCUUCCAUGGAUGACGCUCCCACUGCUUUCUCUUCCCGGGUGCCAGCUGAGUUGCAUAAGAGCACAAAUUGUGUUUGUUUAUUUUUGCUUUUAGUGCUGCCAUGGCAAUUUCCAUACCAUCUUUUAAGCAGCGUUGUACGGUGAAGAGAGCAGCUUUAUUUCUGGAAUGGUUCUGUUUACAAUUAGAAUAGUUAGGACUUAAAAUAUUUUUGGAGGAACACUUACAGCGAUACAGGUGAUGUUGCCUAUGUAGAUAUCUUAUCUCUCCAAAUGCAAGGUACUCUCAUCAAAGACAUAAAAUGAUCAAAGCCUUUUGUGCUCCUAGGACCUUGCCCUACACUUACCACAUCAUAAAAAUGCCCACACGGGUGAAGAGAAGGAGGCGGAGGAAGGGCAAGGAUGUGGGGAUGAGACAUUCUGUAAUGCACUUGUAGUGUUUCUGUUUCCCCUUUGGGGAUUUUAUAAUAUAAAGAGUAUUAUCAAAUAAAUAUCAUGUAAAGGGAUGAUUUUCAAUAAUACCUAAAAUUUUACAACCUUCAAUUUACUAGUGAAUCAAGAUUACACUAUUUCUUAAUAAUUUUAAGCUUAUGGAUUCAUUAACUCAUGUUUGUUGAUUACAGAUACUUGGUAACUAGAAUCUAUGAUCUAUUUGAUAACAUGAUCUAAACAUUAAAAACAAAGAACUGUG